CCCCAUCGCGACCAACGAGCGACGCGUCGAACAAACAACGCGAACUUCACAUAAUUCUCGCAAUAUUCACUUACACGAGGCUCCCCAACAAUACAUUGCAGUGUCCCUCGACCUUCUAUGCCCUUAGUCGUCGUUGCAGGCGGCCGUUCAACAGCUUCUUUCUCGAUAGCGAUACUUACCUUCAUUGUCCCUCUGCUAUCACCAUCCGCUAGUCAAGUCUAUAUAACUUAUAACGUUGGCAUACGGCCGUCAACGCAGCGGCUCUUUCGGUAUCGAAAUGUCGGUCACGCUAGCGUUCAACUCACUCGACAGGAACCAGAGUCCCAUAGUCAUCAGUACGUAUAUCUUGCCACGAGACAGAUAAACUCCGCAUAGCAGAGCGCCAAGUUGUGAACCAAGCUGGCUUCAGCGCUGCAUGGCACGCGGGGCAUGGA